GCACAGACAUGACUUAUGAUGCUGAAUUUGAGGAAAUUAUCUACACAGCACUAACCCUGCAAGAUGACUAUCCCAUGUUGACUCCACUCCUGAAGGACGAAGACAUGAUCUAUCCUAGUGUCCUUGGGAUGUUUAAUGAUCUUAAUCCUACCAUGGAAGCCCAAGAAAAACUGCAGGAGGCUUUGAUUGACCUUUACUCUGUCUUGGGAAUCCCACAAGGGCCUCCAAUGAAGAGAACCUCAGAAUCCAAUAAGGAGACACCAUGCCCUAGGAUGGAUACCAAGUAUCAAACCAACAACCAACCUUCCAAAGGUCAUAAAAGGCCAUUGUUUGAAGAGGAGCAGAGGAAAAGCAAGAAACCCAGAAUCCAAAUGGAUGAUCACCUGCCACCUGUCAACUUCAGAUGUAGAAAAAGGACUGUUUUUUCAAACGAACAAACCCUCUUUCUCCAGAAUCAAUUCAAUCUCAACCCAUAUCCUGACUUUGUGAGCAGAUGUCAUAUUGCCAAGAUAACCAGAAUCCCUGAGCCCAGGAUACAGGUAUGGUUCCAGAACAGAAGAGCAAGGCAUCUUCUUAGAGGGACACGUUCCUAGAAACUUACUGCCAUCAAAGGAAAUCCUCAUCUAGAGUCCUCGUCCUUCAACUGUUUCCAUUCUGAUUACGCAGAAUCAGUAAUGGUUUCAUACACGUAUGGACUACUGCCUGAAUAACAUCUGACCAAUUAUGUUCAUAUUAAUGCACAAAGAUAUUGUACCCCCUUGUUCAAUUCAAGGACAUUUAGACCUAGAAUGAAGUCUUUCAAUCUCAAAUUACGUUUUCAUUCUUUUUAAGUACUUAAGUUUCUGGCUAUGCAACAGGAAAUAAAAUUAAUAUUAUAAGCACUUUAUUGUACU